AUGGUGAACCCACUCCUUGUCCUCGACGGCGUUGGCUGGACGUACAUCACCAUCUUCAUUCUUUGGAAUCUCUCACUGCUGUCUGGAUUCGCUUUCCUAUGGACUCAUCGCCAACACCCAUCGCUGCGCAUGCGAAGGCUGCCGCUUUUGUUCGCUGGUGUUUCCGUCCUGCACAUCUAUGGUGCCCUCUGCACGCUAUCCUACCCAUUCGGCGCUGUAUUUCCUUGCUCGGUCGAAUUCUGGGCGAUGUCGAUUCUUGUGCCCUUAGGAAUGGCCCUGUUCCAUGCCUCGAACAGUCAGUUCUUGCACCUUGCUGCUCGCCAGAAGCACUUUGCUCGGAUGAGCUCAUUGAAGGACCACGAACCCAUCGAUGAGAAAAAGGCUCAAGAGGUCGUCAACAGCCGCUGGAAGAGGAUCAUGAAUGGAAUGGAGCGCGCCGACAAUAUCGAGCGAACAUUGAUUUUCAUCGGCAUUGGCAUGGCUGUUCAGAUGGCCCUCACACUCUUUGUCUACUUCGCAUCUCGCAAGUUCCACAGUGGCUUCGGUAUCAUCGACUACACCGUUGUAGGCACUGGCAUGGAAGUGCGCAUGAAGUGCAGCAAGGGCUGGGAAUGGUGGCUAUCGAUCGUGUGGCAGCUGUUCUGGUCCUGGGUAUACGCGCCUUGGAUUCUCUUCAAGUCUCGCGGCAUCCGCGAUGUGCACGGUUGGCGUCUGCAGACCAUCAUCUGCUGUGUUGCUGGGCUUCCCGCAUCUCCGCUCUGGCUCAUCGGUCUCUACACUCCGGCAUUUGCUCCCAUGAACGCCGUCUUCCCUCCACCUGUGUGGUUCUCGGUCUGCUUCUGCAUCAUGGAGAUUACCAGCAUUGGCUUUCCUAUCAUCGACGUACUCAAAGGCAACAAACUCCGCCAGGAGACCCUUGACGCAAUCGCAAACUGGGAAGCUCGCCAGAAAUCUUCAGGCUUGGACGCAGCCUCCAUCGACGUCAAGAGCACCAGUGAAUACUCGAACACCACCACACUCAAGUCUGGCGGGGAGGUCAGCAUCGGCAACCAGUCAUUCCAGUCAUUCGACUCGCAAAAGUCCGACAUCCUGACCAUGACUGCCCUAGAGAACGCACUCAGGACCAAUGCCAUGCCACUGCUCCAGUUUGCUGCUUUGAAGGAUUUCUCUGGCGAAAACGUCAGCUUCCUCACCCACGUCGCCGACUGGCGUCUCUACUGGUUCUCACCCAAGGCAUCCAUCGCCGAACACCGCCGCAGGCAGUUCCUCGCUGCCACGCGCAUCUACGCUCACUUCAUCUCUCUCGAGUUUUCCGAAUUUCCUAUCAACAUUUCAUCCAAAGAGAUGAAGCUCCUCCACAUGGUCUUUGAGAGGACCGCAAACCUCCUCUUCGGCCGCCGCCGCAACUCCGAGUCGUCUUCCGUCAGCGACGCCACACCCUUCGACAACGUCAUGCCCGAUGACGCCUCCGAUCUGCCCAUCAACGUCUCCGCCAAAAGCAACCACCUAUCUCCCAACGCCAUUAGCCUCGACAAGCUCGGACGCGCAAACCUCAGAGCCGUGUCCCGCAUGGGCGAGCUGUACGACGACGAGUCUGUUGCCGAUGUCGAGGUGCCGGAUGCGUUCAAUGAGCUCGUGUUUGAUGCUGCCGAGAAGGAGAUCAAGUACCUUGUUCUCACCAACACAUGGCCGAAGUUUGUCAAUGUUUCGCGUGCGAAUAGUCAGUUGACUAGGGAUGCGGAUGAGGAGAAGGGUAAUGCUUGGAUGCGCAGGUUUCUUUGCGCAUAA